AUGGCGCCGUCGUCGUCGGUGGAGGACGCCGACGCCCUCGACUGCGGCGUCUGCUUCCUCCCAUUGAAGCCCCCCAUCUUCCAGUCUCAGUUGUAUCUGACCAUACGCAUGUAUAUUACAUUAUUACUGGCUUCACUCAUGGAUGACUUACUUUGGUCAAUGCUGAUGACAAAUGCACGCAGUGUGAAGUGGGCCACGUCGUGUGCUCGCCGCGACAAGCUCAAGGCCACGGGCAAGUGCCACCAUGUGUGUGGCGUCGCCACCGGCAUCUACCGCCUGUGCCACGCCAUGGAGCGCCCGGUGGAGUCCGCCCGCGUCGCGUGCCCGAACGCGGCCUACGGCUGCGCGGCCAGGCCGGCCUACUACGAGCAGCAGGCCCACCGGCAGUUCUUCAUCGGCCCGACGGAGGCGCUCCUGGAUCACUUCACCGGCGUCCACGGCUGGCCGUGCUCCACCAAGGUCAGGACCGGCGAGAUGUCCAGCGUCCGCCUCAAGGACGGCUGA